GUAAUCAAAGUGGUGUUCCGGUUUCUUAAAAAAAGAACUUUUAGAAAAAGAAGGUAAUUUCAAGCUCAAAAAUCAUAUGUUUACGUAAAUAAUUUUCCUACCAAUAUGGAUCUUGUUUGAUAGAUCUCAUUGAAAUCUUUUAAACGGUGCAAAAAAAAUUAAAAAAAUAUUUUUCAUUUUCAUUAUACUUGAGUUUGAAAUUAUCUCCGUUUGAAAAAAAAAUACUUUUUCUAAAAGCGGAACACCACAUAUCCCAUUGGAAUCUGGGUCGCAAUCUCUGUCUAUUUCUUUAAUCCUUGACUUUUUUUUUUUUUAAUUUGGUUUUCUUUUGGAGUAGUAUUUCCUUAAUCCUCUACGCUGGUGUGACGAACUCUUGAACGAUUACAUUGUGAAGAUGGAGAUGUCUUUAAUUUUUUGACUGACUGCCCCAAACCAAAUCGCCGUUCCUCUCUAAAGAUCCGUGAAUCAUGGCGAUGAAAGGGAAUUCAGGAGACAACAGAACUAGGAGUUCCAUAUCAAUCUUUAUUGUUGCUGGGCUGUGUUGUUUCUUCUACCUUUUGGGUACGUGGCAAAGAAGUGGAUUUGGCAAGGGAGACAGCAUAGCUGUUGAGAUCAACAAUAAGGCCGAUUGCAGCAUACUUUCCAAUCUCAAUAUCGAGACUCGUCAUGGGGAUGAAGCUGGGACAGUUGAUGACGCGAAAUCUGAAUCCAAGGUUUUUGAACCAUGUGGUGAUCGCUUCAUUGACUACACUCCGUGCCAACACCAAAUGCGUGCAAUGACAUUUCCCAGAGAAAAUAUGAACUACAGAGAGCGACAUUGUCCUCCAGAAGGAGAGAAGCUGCAUUGCCUUGUUCCAGCACCAAAGGGAUAUGUAACUCCAUUUCCAUGGCCCAUAAGUCGCGACUAUGUCCCCUAUGCAAAUGCUCCAUAUAAGAGCUUGACGGUUGAGAAGGCAGUUCAGAACUGGAUUCAGUAUGAAGGCAGUGUGUUUAGGUUCCCAGGUGGUGGAACACAAUUUCCUCAUGGGGCAGAUGCUUAUAUUAAUGAACUUGCUUCAGUAAUUCCGAUGAAUAAUGGAGUGGUUAGAACUGCAUUGGAUACUGGUUGUGGGGUUGCAAGUUGGGGUGCAUACCUGUUUAAAAAGAAUGUCCUAGCUAUGUCAUUUGCUCCAAGAGACUCACAUGAAGCGCAAGUUCAAUUUGCUUUGGAAAGAGGUGUGCCUGCAGUUAUAGGUGUUCUUGGAACAAUAAAGCUACCAUACCCGUCUAGAGCAUUUGACAUGGCUCACUGUUCUCGUUGCCUGAUUCCAUGGGGUGUAAAUGAUGGAAUGUACAUGAUGGAAGUUGACCGAGUUCUUAGACCUGGUGGAUACUGGGUACUUUCAGGUCCACCCAUCAACUGGAGGACAAAUUAUAAAGCAUGGCAGCGCCCAAAAGAGGAACUUGAGGAGGAGCAGAGGAAGAUUGAAGAGGUUGCCAAACUUCUUUGCUGGGAAAAGAAGCAUGAGAAGGGUGAAAUUGCCAUCUGGAGAAAAAGAUUAAAUAACAAGAACUGCCCUGAGCGAGAUUCUAGUGCUACUAUGUGUGAAUCCACAAAUGCAGACAAUGUCUGGUACAAGAAGAUGGAGGCAUGCGUAACUCCUUAUCCAGGGACUAGUAGUCCAGAUGAAGUUGCUGGUGGUGAAUUGAAACCAUUUCCAAAGAGACUUGAUGAUGUUCCUCCCCGAAUAGCCCGUGGGUCUGUCCCCAGAGUAUCUGUUGAAUCAUUCCUGGAGGACAACAAAUUAUGGAAGAAGCAUAUUAAAGCUUAUAAGAGGGUCAAUAAGAUUAUCGACUCUGGGAGAUAUCGUAAUAUUAUGGACAUGAAUGCUGGUGUAGGAAGUUUUGCUGCUGCAAUUGAAUCUCCCAAUUUGUGGGUAAUGAAUGUCAUGCCAACUAUAGCUGAGAAGGAUACACUAGGUGUUAUAUUCGAACGGGGCUUGAUUGGCAUAUAUCAUGAUUGGUGUGAAGCCUUCUCUACAUACCCCAGGACAUACGACCUUAUUCAUGCUAAUGGUGUGUUCAGCUUAUACAAGGACAAGUGCAAUGCAGAGGACAUUCUCCUAGAAAUGGAUCGGAUCCUACGACCCGAAGGUGCAGUUAUAUUCCGUGACCAAGAGGAUGUACUAGUCAAGGUGAAAAAACUUGUAUCUGGUAUGAGGUGGAUUACCAAAAUGGUGGAUCAUGAGGAUGGGCCCCUCGUCCCUGAGAAGGUAUUGUUCGCAGUUAAACAGUACUGGGUUGCUGGGGGGAACAACUCGACAUCGGAACAGUGAACGAUGAAGAAAUGGGAAGGCAUUGUGGCAUGAUUGUGCGGCAGUGCUGGUAGGUUUGACUGUUAGUCCAAACGGUCUUUCAGUAAUUUCUCGUUGUCCGUAGCUGGGAAAAGUUCAGCAAUCAGUAGAGGCUGCUGGUGGAGCUUUUUUGUUGUUUGUUGGUCCAUUUUUUCUGCACUAGUUAGAGAUACUUAGGCAUAUUUAUUCAUCCAGGGUGAUUUGGGAUCCAUUUCUAGUUUUUUAACUCUCUUUUCUUUUUCUCUUUUUGCUAAUGGGGUUUUUGUGAUAAGCCCAGUUCUGUAAACAGAUCUUAAGGUCAUUCUAAUGCUUUUUUUUUUUUUUACAUGCUAUUGCUCUCUGUAAACAUGCUAUUGUUGGAGUAUUCAUUUUCCCCAAUUUCCAUUUA